CCUCACAUUUAAAGUUUUAAAUACGCCAUCUAGAAUAAGUGAAUAACAUCCAAACAUUUAUCAGAGUAUUCAUACUUGAAUCCCACAAAUGACAACAUUCAAAUCUUCUUACUUGAAAUUCAUACUCUAAAAAUUAAAGGAGACAAUCAAACAUCUUGAAAGAUAAAAGCAUUCAUCUCCAUGUCCUUUGCUUCAACAAUUUGAGAAAUGUCGAAAUCAAUUUCAUCAAUCACAUCAUCAUCAAAGUCCUCUGCACCAAAACCAUUAAACCAAUCAUUCUUAAUAUUUAGUAAUGAGCAAUGACAAUUUCAUUAUUGCAUGAAGAAUUUGCACUUGUUCCACGUCUUUCCAUCUUCAGUGCGAAUUUCCUCAGCAUAGUCCCAAGCAGGAUCUUCUUUUUUUCUGAGAUCCAGUAGCACCAACAACACUACUAGUAACUGAUGGCUGACUUGAUGCAUUGCCUGAUUCCAUCUAUCAACCUGGAAAACAAGUAAAUUAUUAACAAAAUAAGAGUUGAAACAACAACCCAAUCUUACUUCCACUAUCCAAAAAUGAAAUCGAACCUGGGUCGAGGCGGCGGCAGCAAGUGGUGUCGAGGAAGGGGGCACUGGGUCGAGGCGGCCGACGGCGAGCGGCGUCGAGGAAGCGAGGACCUGGGUCGACGCACUAGGGACCUGGGUCGAGGCGUCCGGCGGCGAGGAAGCGCAAAGCUGGGUCGAGAAGAGGACAGCGCCGACGAGGAGUGGCGAGUGGAGCGCCGGCGUGGCGUGACAAGGGGAGCGCCGGCGGCGAGCGGCUGCUGUGCUAGUUGUUGCCGCAGGUGUUCUCUGCUCUGCUGGCUGGGCUCGACGAGGGAGGAGAUUUGGGAACGGCGGACGCAAUAGAUAGGGUAUUAGGGUUAUUGAAGUUGGAAGAAGUUCCAACCAGCCAAAAACGACGCCAUUUUCCUCAAAACCGGUAGCCGGAUCAGUCUGGUCAGACCCCGAUUUCCCCCGGUUUUGAUCGGCUACCGGCCAGCUCUAAUUAUGGAUGGUUCCAGUCAGACCCGGUUCAAUCCCAGUUUGACAACCAUUGGGUCGACACUGCAGUAGGCUUGAUACCUGCUAUAGCACGAAUGUUACAAUAGGCCUAAUGCUAACAAGACUUGCUAUCCUAAGCGUAGAUCCAAAUAACAAUGGACAAUUCUCGACGAGACUUUCAUGGCAGGGACGAAGCCAGCUUGUAUGAUUGUAUCUGGGAGGGGGGGGGGGGGGGGGGAGGGGGAGGCAUGGCCCCCCUAAAACUUAAAAUAUCCGCAGAAGUGAGGUAUUACAACAAAGUAGUGGUUUAGCCUUGUGUCAUUUUUAUAUUAUUUUUUGCUUAAGAUUUGCUCUCCCCCACAAUUUGUUGUUUAUUUUGCUUGAAUUUGGCUUUCCUCCACAACCUUUCCCCUAAUUUCUUUUUAAUUUCAUAGCUAAGUCUCCUACAUGUUUUUAACCUUAUUUUCUUGCAAGUAAAUUUAUUUGAAAAUUUAAUGUGUUACUUUUUAAAAUGGUUAAAUCUAGACUAAAAAGGCUUUCUCAAUACAUCUAAUUCGUUUUGUUCGAUAUUUAUAGUUAGCUUUUGGUCACUGUGUGAACAUGAUCAUACUUGGGGGUUGGUAAUUCCAAUUAUCUUUUAAAAAAAGCCAAUAUGUGGAAUAAGUUUAAAUGGUUUUUACAUAAAAACGAUUGUGAAUAAUGGGUGUUAUAUUUUUAAGUAUUUUCUUCAUCACUUUAUAUGUGUUGGAAAAAAAAAAUCGUCGACCCCUUCUAAUUGAAAAUCCUGGCUCCGUCCCUCUUCUAUGGUAGAGGCAUGAGAACCAACUCUGUUAUGUAAGGACCAACUCAAACUAAUUGAACUAUAAUAGUUGAAAUUUCCAAUCGAAACUACCCGUAAGAUUGGGAUUACGAUCUUGUUAGGCGUGCGAGGGUUACGGAUUGGUCAAUACUAACUCAAUACACUGAAGUGACCAUAUUGAUAACUUAUCAACUUUAAGUGAUCUUUCACCUAAUGAGUUUCGUUUUUCUUAUGAGUUAUGACAAAUGUGAAUGCUACUUUGAAACGUUUGACCACUUACAAUAACAAACCUUGGCCCCCAAACAAAGAAUAAAGAAAUGUGGAUAUA